AUGAUAUCUCAGUUACAACAACAAUUGGAACACCAACAUCGACAUCCCUUUGAAACAUCGGAAAAUAAAACUAAUCUCACACAGUUUUGUUUAAAUUUACCUGAUGUAAACUCAGCGGCGCACAUUAUAAAUGGAUACGAUACACAUAUCAGUGUUGACGAGCAGCAGUCAGUUGAACAAGAAAGAUUAAAUAGUACUAACGAGUUUACUGCAAAUCACAACAGUUAUGGUGUAUCUGAGGCCAUUAAACCAAGAAGUUGUGCCACAAUUCCUACUUCUUGUACCACCACAAUUAAUGGAGAUAUCAAAUCAACUGAAGAAACUAAACAAAAUAUCAGCAGAAUUACUUGUACACUCAACAAGCAUAAACUUGACAACCAACUCGGUUCAUGUGUCCAACAUUCACUUCGCUAUCUACCAAAUACUACUAUUACUACUCCUGCUGCUGUUACUAAAAACAGUAUAGAAUUUAGUUCAGAUAUUUGCUACAAUUCAAAAUAUCCUCGAUUUCAUAACUCUUUGACAAAGUAUAACAUUAAUAGUCAUGAUGAUGUUACUACUGAUAUUAAUGACAGUAGUAUAUUAGAACAAACUGGUAACAGUACAGAUUUCUAUGAAUUUCAAAGAAAUGUCAAACAACUUAUAGACUACGAGUUGAAUAGUCAUUUAAGAAAUGAAUACAACUCGACACUGGCACCACCAUUGUCACAACAACCACCGCCACCAGUAUCAUCAUCAUCACCUUCACGGUUAUCGAAAUCAAUUUGCCUAAACAAUGAGACGAUUAAACAUUCAUUGAAUAAAGAAGACCAAGUAGAUGGAGUUGAACUUAACAAGGACAAAGGAAUAAGAGGAAGAGAGGAAGAAGACAACGAAGAUCGAGAACAAGAAAUCAUUGGAAGAAAUAAUGAUCUAAUUGAUGAUACUAUAUUAGAUUCAUUAAGCUUUAAACUAGGAAGAACAAUCGAAAAAAUGGAUGUUUUGAAUAAUUUACAAAAAUUUAGUAAGUUAACAGAUGACCUUAAUCAUCAUUAUAAUAAGAGAUAA